GAUGUCUUGUGCGCCGCCAUUACAUCACUCCUUCCUCACCACUACUUCUCAGCCAAUGUUCACUACAUCUGCAUCACAACCGCAGACCAACUCUUUGUCUAAUAAUUAUCUCAAUUGUAAUGACGAAAAGAGUGCCCAACAAAUGGAUAACAUGUCAGCCCAGAGACAACAACACAACUCAUCCAAUCCAUGGUCUCUUUCCGUGAAGAGAAUAAAAGGCAAAAAAGGUGACACAUCAGUGAGAAGUGCAUCCCUGGGUAGUGUUGCCAGAAGCUCCCGGUUGCCCGGGAGUCUCCCGGAAUCAGGACUUUUUUGCCACCUCAAGGAAAGACUCAAGGAAUUCUUUAAAAAUUCUCAAGGAAUCUCCCGGAAAAUUUACCAAAGAAAUGAUUAUCUCAAGGAAAUGAGGAAAAUGACCUGGCAACACUAUCCCUGGGCUCUUGUGAUAAACGGCACACAAACGCCAGGUCUUGAAGCACGCCAUCAGACAUCCGCUCUGAACACAUCCCAUAUAUCAACCAUUACAUCGGCGGGAGGUGUUCAGCGCAAAAUGGCCACAGUUUCGCCUUUAUAUCAAGUGACAGCGCCUCCGAACCCACCGAUUAUAGCACCGAUUAUAGUGCCCAUCAUAUCCUCGCACAGCAAUACAGGCCAAUACCAUAACGUUGUGUCCGGUUCUGCUCUAAACGCUACCAGAACUUCCAGCUUUGCCGCCGCACUCAGAAAAUUAGCCAAACAAUCAUUUGAUCCAAUGAUUGACACCGAUUCUNGCUUAACCUCAAUUCCCGGCAACCAAUCUCUUGUGAUAAACGGCACACAAACGCCAGGUCUUGAAGCACGCCAUCAGACAUCCGCUUUGAACACAUCCCAUAUAUCAACCAUUACGUCGGCGGGCGGUGUUCAGCGCAAAAUGGCCACAGUUUCGCCUUUAUAUCAAGUGACAGCGCCUCCGAACCCACCGAUUAUAGCACCGAUUAUAGUGCCCAUCAUAUCCUCGCACAGCAAUGCAGGCCAAUACCAUAACGUUGUGUCCGGCUCUGCUCUAAACGCUACCAGAACUUCCAGCUUUGCCGCCGCACUCAGAAAAUUAGCCAAACAGUCAUUUGAUCCAAUGAUUGACACCGAUUCUGGACAACAGCCUUCACCGUUAGCCCUCUCUAAGAUAUAUGAAUGGAUUGAUAGGCCCUUCGCCUCCUAUCGUGACGAUUGCACCGAUUCCGGCGCAUCAGAUCGAUAGGAGUGAAAGUGAUAAUCAUUUAAGAAAUCAUUUGAGAAAAAGUGAUAAUCAAUCCUAUUAUGAGCACAGAAUACAUACCGAUCCCAAAGAGUCUCUUAUAUAUUCUCAUUCCCAGCGAACAUCACCUAUAGUUCAAGUUCGGCCAUCCCCUUCUCACGUUCAUAACGAUAGUCUUAAUUCAGUUGGCAUUCACUCAACACAACAAA